UGGCAUGCCUUGAACCCCAGAUGCAACAAACACUUUGGUUUCUGUGUGUGUGACAGAUAAAAUCUUAAAUUACUUCUUACAGUUUCUUGAUUUCUUCUUCUUUAUACUUUUAUUUAAUCUGUAGCAAUAGUAAAUAUAUACUGAUGAAGAAUGUGAGUCCUUUUAUUUCUGACAAAGCAAAAGAUGUUGUUGAGUUUGAAGUUAUGGUAGUAAGAGAUUGUUUUGCUUCCAUGGAGUCUUCCUCUCCAAUUAUCAUCCUCAAAACAUAAACUCUAUGAGCUUCUGGAUCAGCACUUGAAUCUCUCAAAAGAGGUAUAUAGAUAUCAACAGUGCAAUAUUGUUCAAGGUAUGCAUGUUUGAAGGCAAGUUGUUGGAGAGGUGAAGUUCAAUCUCCUCAACAACUUCUGGGUUUCCUUAAGUUAGUUUUAAGGAUUAAUGGAGGAGAUGCUUAAGCCAUACAAUAAGGAGUAUAUGAGAAUGGCAAUGUUAAAACAUGAAGAAACUUUCAAAGAGCAGGUUUAUGAACUUCAUCGACUAUAUCGAAUCCAGAAGUUGUUGAUGAAGAACAUUGCAAGCAACAGGCCUCCGAAUGGAAGAAGUCAACAACUGUGGAACUCGAACGCAAAAAUCAAGCUCGACUUGGAACAACCGGCUGAAGAAAAUUAUGGUGAUUUAGAGAUCAUAGAUGAGACUGAGAUUGAGUUAACACUUGGUCCUUCGACUUAUAAUCGAAGAAAGAAAUCUGAUACGCCACUAACUUCGGAUUCUGGACCAAGCUUCUCUUCUUCUUCAAGAGGGUCUAGUCGUAUGAACAGAACAAGUUCCUUGACUCCUCCCAGGACAACCAGGGCUAUACUGCAGGGGAGUAAAAGCAGUACUGUUGAUGUUGAAGAGCAAUUGAGACAGGAAAGACUACAACAGACUCCUCCUUGGCUUUUCCAGGUUUUGAGUCUCAAUAUGACUUGAAAAAUCAAGUGCUCGAGUCGAUAUGAGAAGUUUUUUUCAAGUGGUUCCGAUCGACUUAUUCUAUCAUUUAUGUUUGUGUGCAUUUUUCUGUCCAGUUUUUGAUGUAGGGAGUGAUGAAAUCUUGUGGGAAUUUGUUCAUGGUCUGCGAAAACCCGUUACGAUUAACU